GUCAGAGAAAGCGAGUGAACGUGAGCUGGAUUUGGGGUUCGAGAUUAACCGUCGAAAGGGAGCAUCUUUCUGAGGAGGUUGGUGGAAGGACCGCGUUCGCUCGCCACAGAGUGCUGGACAGUCGGCGGCACGUGCAAGCGGCCGUUUCUGACUGCUUCGAGUGGAAAAUCAUGAAAUCGGUGCUGGCACUGUACCUGCUGCUGGCAGCAGUCCAUGCUGCCCCUCUGGAGGUACGACAAAAUCCGAAACAAACCGGAGUUCCGCACGAGCUUCAGCCUUUUGUGACGAACUCCGAAGAACAUUCAAGUUCCGAAGAAACCGAACGCAUCUUCAAAAUCCAUUCCAACUUCGGUGGCCUACGCCGUCUUUCCGACGAUCCUCCGUCCGAGAGUGGCGGAACAAGCCCCGACAGUGGCGAGACGAGCAUAGAAGAAUCCGAGGAGGCUGAAGUCAAAACACUUCAACCAUUUGGUGGCAUCGUGCAGGGUAGUCGCAGGCUGGUAAGCCUAGACAGCUCGGAGGCUACCGGAGAGCAUGUGGAAGACGCUGAGGAGUCUUCGUCACCAGAGCAAUUGAAGAUUCCGCUUGACACCGGAGGCCUGGACAAGAGAGGGCUUGGAUAUUCGGCAGCAGAAGACAAGGAAUCUUCCGUGAUCGGUGGCGGUAGUACGGUGACAGGAACUAGUCCUGGAACAGGUGUCGUAGAUGCUGCAGCCAGUAGCGACAAGUUAGCACCCUUCACCGUUGGUGGAAAGUGGAACGAGGACUCACAGCGUACGCUACAGAGCGUUCCUGCUGGAAGUAAUCCUGACGAACUCAAGCGAGGCUUAAUCACAGAAAAGGAAAUUAGAAUACACGGUGCUCUUUCUCCUGAAGAAGAGCGUGCUACAGAUGUGUCUGAAUACGCAAUUACAGGUGGCAGCUUCGGCCAGCCCAGUCGUGCAGCUGCUGUAGGUGUAACGCCUGGGUCUGCUUCUUCAGUUAGUAAGGUUCCAGGAUCUGAUCAACCGGUUCCAGAUACUGGUGUUGCGACUCCGCAUGCGGAAAUCGCCAAGGACACAGAAGAUGCAGUGUCAGUUCGGACCAGACUCGAGGAUGCGACCAGCGCCCACGAAGUAACGGGGAACAAGAAAAGUGCUGAAAACUCAGGUGGUGUUGAGGGUGUUGGAAAGGGUCAACCAGCGCUAGCGACUUCAGUGGUUAGCUCCGGUGCGGGCGUUCCCGUGGUUCCUAUCACAUACACAUUCCAUUCGUUUGCUGAUAAUAAUGAGAGCGGCGAGAUUUCCCUUCCUACCGUGCGAGACGGGCAGGACAGUGUUGUAAUCAAGGACCUAGCGUUCGAACCACUCAGGCAGUCAUCGAAGCCGGUUGCGGAGAGUGGCACAGUUGGGCAAGGUGCCGGUCAGACGGAAGGUGCUCAAGACAAACCGGAGGUCCUCAACACUGGUACGCGUGUCUUCCAUGGUCCUCCUGGAGGUUAUGGUAUCAAGUUUCAAGGAUCAAAAAUUAAUGAACCCUCGUUUAGUGCACGCGACAUCAAAGAUGAAUCCGAAACGUCUCAGCGAACAGGUGAAUUUCAGCCACAUGGAACAGUUGCUGCUGAUGUAAAGGGUGAAGAUGGCGCUGCAGUGAGUGGUGGAAAGCUAGAUUCGAGUGCUUCGAGUGCUCCUGUUAGGGCUGACCAGCAUCGAGAUGGAAACGUUCCUGAAGGAACAGUUGUGGGUACCAUGAGCCGGCAGGUCACUUUCGGGGAUGCGAGCGGUGGGCAAGCUAGCACCACCGCAGGUAACGACGAAGAAGGUGGAGGAGGCCCCGAGGAUGGCUCUAGGCAGACCGGGCAGGUGUUUGGUGGCGCAAGAAAUACCGUUGGCUCCCUCCCUGAUUUCGUAUCCACUGGAAGAGCCACUGAUGCACGAGUUAGGGAAGAUGAGAUGAAUGACAGUACGUUACCGAGUGUAGGGGAUGUCAGUACAUCUGAUACUUCCCCGACUGAUCGAUCUGAUCACGAGAAAUCAUUUGACACCGGUACCAGUUUCCAUUUCAGAGAAGGUUCCGAGCGGCCUAAAGCUCCAUCAGCUCCGCAGAAGGUGCAUAGUCCAGGAAAGAAUGAUAGUACGACAGCAUCUGACCCUAACGCCGUCUUUCCCACUCCUGAGAAGCAAGAGUCGGCAAGUUCCAAUGCUGAAAACCUUCAACCGAUGGAUGGUGGAGCUUCUUUACUAAAGAGUGACGUAGAAGAAACUUCUGUGACAGACAGAGACGCAGAAGCCCAAGGUCCGAUACAUGUGAUGCUGUCCGGAAAAGGCUGGUCGGUUGCGACUGACGAUGCUUCAUUCCUCGAGAGCAGUCCGGACAUGAGGAAAGAACUAACAGAGUUUGCAACGCACCUUAGGAAGGUCGAUUUUCCCUCGCUGUCGGAAGACUUUGGUCGCAGACUUAACGCUGACCGGCCUUCUGGCGUACCUAUCUCUGCAGACCAACACGGAGUGUUUAAAGUCGGUUCUAGUUUGAAAGACACCCUGGAAGAAUUCGACAAGCUUAUAGGCGACGAAGAUGGGAGAAGUCCUGAGGUGGCGCGAACUGGUGCUGCGCCUGUUCAUGAAAGCCAAAUGACGGCAACUGGCAAGGAACCCUCUCUCGAAGAACCAAUUAUACCGGAAGAGGCGAGCUUACUGUGUCCGGAGGGUGUUCAUAAGCCGGAGCCGGCAGACGGUAGCCGUCACGCCAGCCAUGUUUCUAAAUGUCGGGACCGUGUCACUAAAGACCUGAGUGGUCCAGAAGUUAGCAAAGAACAAGCAUCCGAGCAAAAUCCAGAAACAAACGGGUUUGUGCACACGAAACCAAAAUCUUACUCUGGCGACUUACCGGCCAGAGACGUACCUUCCGAAGCAGCAUUGCCAAGUGGAAAACAUGCAGAGCAAGGUCUAUCGCAAGAAAGUGGUGGUUCCGACGUUUCUUUACCACAAGUCCGGGAGCAUGGUAAAGAAGGUGAGGAAAGCGGUGUUACCCGUGAUCUCGAUGAAAGCUACGAAACCAAGAAAUCUGAAGAACGCAAGAAACCUGCCCAGAGUCAAAGCGGUGUGGUGGUCUUCUUAGCUGAAUCCAGGGACUCUGCUACCGAUGGAAUAUCGCUUCAGCACGGACCUGGUGUGGGCGAACAGGAACCGUCAGUACGUCAAAAUAACGACGAAGUUGCAGCACACGGUCACGACGAUGGUGUCGUUCAACAAGGAGCGGUGUCUGAAAGCUCCGUAGACACUCUGGAACCCGAACCGAAGCUCACUGCAGAAGGCGGGCAAGUUCUAGAUAGGGAACAUUCUGCAAGUAAAGGUAAAGAGGAAGUGCUGCUUGAUAAUAAUGAGGCGACACCCGCAAAUGUAGAAGGAAAAGCAGAGGAUGCAGCUACCACAUCUCUCGGAGGACAGAAAACAGAAGGAGGUAUGCCGUCAAUGAGACAGGACGCAGAAGCUGUUGGUCACGAUGCCAGAGGUACAGCUGAGAUGCACGGUGUUUCUGAUACUCUCCAUCCCGAAGCUGUCGGCAUCCCCACCAAACAUACACAAGAUGUCUUUGGGCAGAGUGCUUCAACUACGGGAGCCGAUGGUGAGCAGCAUGCAGCAGACCAAAUGCAACACGAUGGCUUAGGGGGAGCUCUACGGGGUGUGGACAAGGAAAAACCUGAUGUUGUAGUAAAAGAUGCUUCGGUAGCUGCUGCGCCAGAAGCUGAUACCUCUGAUCAGUCUCAACAGGCUGAGUACCAAAGCAAACAAGCAGAAAACGACGCAUCUACAGAAAGCAAAGCGGAUGGAAGCGUGAAGGAUGAACAAACUGUGGGAGAUAGUCAUGGUGAAGAGGAUGAAGAGGAGUAUCCGAAAGUGCAGGUUGAUGAGAGUUUCCGCGAAGGCCUAGGUCCUAGUCAUGGAAGCGAUGGCUACAUUCCAGCGGAGGCAAGAGAACAGGAAGAGAACACGACCCGUGACGGAACGGAGGAACCUGGUACCACUGUUACGGUGACGGAGGCUGAAAUUACCUCGCAGGAAGCGCCACAGCAACAGGAUACUGGAUCCGACGGAUUGACUGACUCUACAGAGCAGCAUGUGCCGGAAAAGCAGGACGCUGUUGCAGAUGGAACGGCGAGCGGUGGUAAUGUUGCAGAGCUCCCAGAUGUUUCACCGGGAAAGUUUUUCCCUACCCCAUACGAGUACACUCGGCGCCCUGAGGUACCGGGCCAUACAACCAGUGACGGAGAUGAAUAUGAUGUUCCCAAACUUCCCGAUGUUGUUGAUGCGGCAGAGUCACAUGAGAGUAAUGGAGCUGGCAUUUCUCAAAAGCACGACGUGACUGACUCUACCCAAGCUCCAGGGCUACGUCUAGGCGAUCAAAGUGUUCCUGGAGUUGAGGAGCAGUACGUCCCUUCGGCGAAGGAUCACACCCAAGGUGCACAGGUACCUCAAGAUAGUCACACUGUACAUGGACUUGACGACCAAGACCUCCCUGCUGUCCGUGAUCAUACCCAAGACGGUGCAGCUGUUCCUGGAGCCGAGGAACAUGGCGUACCUCCACAGCCUGAUCACACCCAGGGUCCAGAGGAGUCUGAAGAUGGUCAGACUGUUCGUGGAGUUGAGGAACAAGACCUACCUGUCGUCCGUGAUCAUUCCAAAGCUCCAGGGCUGUAUCAAGAUCAAUCUGUCCGUGAAAGUGAGAAACAGGGCAUGCCUUCUUUUCCCCAUCAUUCACAGGGUCCAGAGGUAUCUCAAGAUGAUCACAUUAUUCGUGGACCUGAAGAACAGGCCGUGCCCAUAAUCCGUGACCAUACCCAAGCUCCAGGGGUGUAUCAAGAAGAACACACUGUUAAUAGAGAUGAGGAACAAGGCGUGCCUUCGCUUCCGGACCAUACCCAGGGUCCCGAGGUAUCUCAAGAUGGUCAGGUUGUUCGUGGACCUGAAGAACAGGGCAUGCCUAUAGGCCGUGAUCAGACCGAAAUUCCAAAGUCACCACAAGAUGACCAUACUCUUGCUGUUACUAAGGAAGUUGACGACCAUUUAGACGUUUCAGAAGUACCAGGACACGUUCCUGUAGUUCACGCUCACGUAGAAACAGAUGACAAAACUGAUGCUGAUCGGAAAGCAGCCGUAGCUGAAGAAAGAGAUGUUGUCCAUGACGCUAGUGAACCCGAGGAUGCAGACACUCCAGAGGUUGCACUUCAGCAGCCUGCCGCAGUUCAUCACGGAAUUGGUGUACAACAAGGAAAGCAAACUGAUCCGUUAAUACCCACUCAUACUCAAGACCACGAGCCUGUUAAUACACUGAAACCUCCCAGUGUACCCACAGGCACAUCUGACGUUACCCACCACUCUUUGCCAUGCGACCAUCCAACGCUCCCCGUCAAGGCAACAACACCGCAACACGACACAGGACCGGUGGUGCAUCAAACUGUUACUGGUGUACACCAACAACAACAACACGAGGUUCAUCCCAAUAUUCCAUCUUUACAAUAUCACCCAGGGGUAGUAACUGCACCGCAUCUCCAACCUAUAAGUACUGGAACGCUGGCCCAGGAACAGGGACCAUUCGGGAUAUCCCAUCAUUACGCUAACAACUUUGGCUCGCAACAUCAGGAUCCGCAACUUGGCAGUGUUUCAUUACGUCAGCCUAGUCCUUUCGGCCCUCCUCACCACUACCCUGGAGGCUUCAUAAUUGUCCACCAUAAACAAGGCGAUGCUGGCGUUCCUCAGGUGCAGACCGGGGUUCCACACAAUCCACAGCACCACUUACAAGGUAUUAGACCUGCUUUGCAAUUCCAGACAGAUGUUCCACGUCACGAGCCAUCCUCCGUUGGUACUCCUGUCCUCCAUGCACACAGUGGUGCAGCGCCUCUCCCUCAACCACCACAGCCUCACCAAUUGGGCCACGCUGUUGGUCCAUCUGACAGCGUACAACUAGGCGGUGCACCUCAUAUCCAACCCGACGGAGUCGUUCGUCAACAGCCACCGGUAAUAAGCGGCGCUGAACACCAGCCGCAUGAUGGUGCUCUUCGUCACGUACCCGGUAUUCACGGCCCAGCAUUACAGCGGGAGCUUGGAACAACCAGCCUUACACACCAACACACUGGAGCCGUACAGCUUAAAACACCUCAGCCCGGGACUUACUUCCACGCGGAACACAUACCACAACAUAGUCCAGGAUCCGCAGUUUCUUUCGUUCAACACGGAGAACCCGGCACUAUUCAAGCGCCUGCGGGGUAUCCCUCCGCUGACUUCCCUGGCUUCCAGCUUCAGGAGCCUGUACCUCCGUUUGGCCUACUCACAGCCGAUCCACUACAAACACCUAAACCAACAAUUGGUGCUCAGCCCCAACAAGACGACCCCAUUGCAAAAUACUUCGUCGGACGAGUAGUCGCUCCAGCGGGACUACCACAGGAAAACCCUUUCGGCAGUGACCUAAGCACACAUUUUGUAACGCAAGCUCAGAACAAUCAUUCCCAGCAAACGCCCUUUCCUGUAACAUCACAAGUUCAACAUUUCGCCGGCGCACACACACCAGGGACGUCUAAGUCGUCGCCGUUGACACCCGGCGUUCAAGCGCAACCUACAUUCUCCACACUUCCUCAGGCUCCCACAGCCCACGAGUUCCCUGGCUUAGGACAGCUAGGACAGCUCGUCCCACAGCAGCAACCAGCGUCACCCGACCUCGAAACAGUUCGCAUACCCUAUCCACCUUUUUACAUAACCUUUAAACGCGAUCAGACGUCGGUGAAGGUUCCCCCUCCUAACCAGCAUGCGUAUGAUAGCUCGCCUGAAUUCCCCUCUCAAACAGCUGACGCUAAACCUUACGAGGAUUCAGGAAGAGCCUUCGGAGGAGAGGGCACUCUCCGAGAUCUGGAGGCCUCUGAACAGGGGUCGCAUUUCGGUCGCAUCCUCGUCUCUGAGGGGCCUGUCACAUUUCAGGCACCUGCGCCUGACUUUCACUUCAAUGCUCAGGCAUUCGGUGCUCCUGCAUUGACACCUCUCCUUCCUAACUACGGAGAGCGCGUCCCAGUGUUUGAGCAGCCGCGCGUGUUCGCACCUGUGGCAGGGCACCACAACCCUUUACUUCACGGCCAUUUCAAUCCAUUGUUUCACCAGCAGCCUCUCGGAUUUUAUAACAACAACAACAACUUUCCAGGUUAUAACUUGGAAGCUUCUGCCUCAUCGAAAUCAAAGCGAAUGGUGCAAAGACCGUCUAAAAUGCUGAAAUCUCUUAGGCAAGCCGUUGCUUCAAAGCUAUCACCUUCAGGCCUUCAACCAUUUACGCGGUUUCGCUCGGGUCGACAGCAGUCACCUGAGACCGCAAAAGGACCUAAAUUGUUAUCAUCUCGGCUCGCAUUCAGGCAACAGCGGAGGCUCCCCCACCUUCAGGUGCGGCCCGCUCCCGCGAACCAGUUCGGACUUAGGGUGAAAGCGUAAUUCCUAGAUGGGGUAAGACAUCGUUGCGGGAUCUCACCCGUGUCGGGUGAAAUUGGUGAUGGUGACGUUGAUAGACGAAUCAAUGUUGGUUUAUACGUUUCGCAAUACUUACAUCUUGUUUUCGCGUUGAUCGUUUGGGCUUCUUGCCCGCAGGAAAUAAAGGUGUUUCGUUGUCGUUUC